UAAUCCCCAUUAUUGACCUGAUGAAGAAAAAAAGAGUGGUACUUGUAACCAAAACUCCUUACAACACCAGCGAGGACAUGAUGAGUGAGGAGUCUCACCAAGACCAAGAAGUUUGCCUCAAGCCUUGGUGUUUCUUUUGCAGCAUGAGAGAACCAGAUGCAUCUCUUAGAAGAGUUGGAAUCUCCAACUGCUUCAAAGAGAUGCCUCUAUGUGAGGAUAAAGAAGAUUAUGAUCAAUAUGUGUUGGUGCUGAGUGAACUAUGGCACAUUGCCAUGACUCAAUCCAACGACCCUGAGUUCCCUUCCCUUGGCAUAUUCAAGUGCAUGGCUAAUCUAAUCAACAAAGCUAUAAACGACAAAACCUGGCUUCUCACAAAUCAAAACAUAUACAUACCCUACUAUGCUGCUCAUAUCAUUGGAUCUUACACCAUGAACAAGGAAGAGUUUGCACAAAUAGCUGUGCAAUCAGGUGUUAUACCUCCAUUGUUAGAGCUUCUGAGGGGGAAAAUCAGUUGGGUUGAACAAAGGGUUGCGGUUCGAGCAUUAGGGCACUUGGCCAGUUAUGAAAGCACAUUCGAUUCGGUAUCGAAGUAUGAACAAGAAGUGGUGAAAGUGACAUUGAAUCUAGCUUGUACUUGCUUGAAAGUGGUGUAUUCUGAGUUUGUAGGAGUGAAGAAGAAGAAGAGGGUAGAGUACCACAGGAACUUGCUUACAAGAGGUGUUGGUGAUUUGGAGAUGGAGAACCGAAAAGCUGAGGAAUGGGGUAGCCAACUUCAGUGUUGGUGUAUUCAUCUUCUCAACUGUUUUGCUUUCAAAGAAAGAUGUCUGAAUCUGAUUUGUCAGAAGGAAUUCUUGAAAGAACUUUGCCACAUGUGGGGUGGGUUGGUGAAUCACACGUCACCAGGUGGUGUUGGACUCCUUCGAAUCCUGUGUUACAGUAAAUUUGGAAGGAAAAUCAUUGCUGAGAUCCCAAAAGUAAUCAUCAAUCUCGGUAACAUUUCAAGAUCUUCGGAUGAUUGGCAGUAUAUGGGGAUUGAUUGUCUUCUACUUCUUCUUAAGGACUCGGAUACAAGGUUCAAGGUUAUUGAUAUUGCUGCUUCGUACCUUGUUGAUUUGGUUGAACUUAAAACUCUUGGAGAUAAAUCAAACGUGGGUGAAACCAUCACAAAAGUGCUGCUACUUGAGGAACAUAAAUUACACAACAACAGGGACUUGCAACAAGUGCUGAAUUUGAAGGUGUAUAGGAGGAAGAAAGAGAAGGCAUUGUGGGAAGAGAAAUUAGAGGAAAGAAGGGUUUUGGUUGGUUUGAUAAAGCAAGAAGCGAAUGACAUGUUGAGGUUGGGAAAAGUAGAAGAAGCUUUGGUGAAGUACAAUGAAGCACUUGAAGUUUGUCCAUUGAAGUUGAGAAAGGAGAGAAUGGUGCUUUAUAGUAACAAAGCACAGUGCAAUCUUGUGCUUAAGAAUCCAGAAAGUGCAAUCAGUGAUUCAACGAGAGCGCUUUGCCUUUCGAACCCAGCGAACACGCACAGGAAAAGCCUCUGGAGAAGGUCACAGGCUUAUGACAUGAAAGGCAUGGCGAGGGAGAGCCUUUUGGACUGCAUAGUCUUCAUGAAGAAGCAGCAUCAGCAGAGGAGUCUCAAGAUUCCUUACCAUGCAGCGCGCAUGAUCUGCAAACACAUGGAUGCCACGUGGCUCUUUGCUGCUGCACGCUCGUCAAGGCUAAUAAGAGUGAUGGAAAAGAAAAAAAAUCAUCACUCUAAUCAUGAAAAUGAAGCCAACAACUGUGAAGUGAACUUCCAUGAUCGUAACAGCGGUGGUCUCAUGCCUGGAUUGUCCACCAUUAAUGGAGAACCUUUUGCGGCGAAAGAAGUGAGUAGGAGAAAGGUGCAGAGGACACGGAGGAGAAUUAAAAAAGCUAAUAUUGCAGCAGCUCAGCCAAUAAUGUAGUUGAUACUGGCUUGUUAGCAAAUAUAUGAAUCCUUUUAUGUGUAUUCUGUCAGUGAGGAAGGUUUAUGAGAUUGAUCAGCUAAGUGCUAGAAUAGUAGAACUUGUACUUUACAUGUUUAAAAUGUCAA